AUGAGCUCUUCCGCCACAGAUGCCGUUACCGAUGGGCAGUCAGAUAUAAUAGUAACAACGUCACGAACCCAAAGUUUCUCUUCCCAGCAGUCGGGUGAUUCACAUACGGCGGCAGAUUUCAUUAAUAGUCAACUUCAACUCGAAGCCGAUGCGCGCGAAGCUCUACCCUACAAAUUUGACAACUGCACGAAGCCACUGGGCAAGCUGAGACAAGUUCUUUUCUCUUGCUUGACAUGCAACCCACCUCCUAGCGAUCCAUCCGAGAAGUACCAACCGGCCGGUGUUUGCUACUCGUGCUCAAUCCAAUGCCAUGGCGAUCAUACACUAGUAGAGCUCUUCAAUAAAAGAGACUUUGUCUGCGACUGCGGAACGACUCGUCUGCCCAAGACCGCGCCAUGUACAUUGCGCGUCAAUCCUGAGACCAAUACGAAAGGAGGGGUACACUCCGAACAACCAGAAGCAAACAAUAGAUACAAUCAGAACUUCAAGAACAAGUUCUGUGGCUGCGAAUGUGACUAUGAUGCCCAUUCUCAGAAAGGAACAAUGUUUCAAUGUCUAGGAUUAGGUACGGCCGAACAAGGUGGAUGUGGUGAAGACUGGUGGCAUCCUGGUUGUGUUGUGGGACUUGGUCCAGACUGGGUCGAAAGCUCUGGCCGGACAGCAGUAUCUUCGAAAUCGAAGAAUGAAGGUCUCCUGGAAUCUAUCACAGAAGUGGCCGAAGCGGCUGUGGAGGCUCCAAAUGCCGAGUCAACUCAGAACGGAGUCAAUAAUGAAACCGAAAAUACUGCUUUACCUCCUCCUGAAGAAGAAGCAGAAGAUGAUGACCCACCAUUACCACCCGGAUUCCCUGACGAAGAGGACUUUGAGGGUUUCAUUUGCUACAAAUGUGUGGAAGCACACCCGUGGAUAAAGAAGUACGCUGGCGCGAAAGGCUUUCUUGGACCUGUAUUCAGACGAAGUGCAGCGCCCUCACCAGAGACAGGCCUACUUGCAAAGACCGAAGAAGCAGUUACGUCUUUAGUAUCAAGUUCCAAAAAGCGAAAGGCAGAAGAUGAUGAGGAGUCCAUCGCAUCUAGUGCAUCCAAGAGGAUCAAGGACUCCACAUCAGAAUCAAUUACCUCAGCGACCAACGAAGUAGCGGCACUUGCGAAGGAUGUCGCUUCCGCUGUUACUUCAGCGGUGACUAGCGAAGAACCAGUCUGCAAAGUAAAAGAAAUCGUCGCACCAAGAGGGGAAUUGUCAUUAUUCUUCAAAUCUGACUUCCGUGAUCAUCUGUGCCGCUGCGCAGACUGUUUCCCACUUCUCAAACCACACACGCAUCUUCUCGAAGAGGAAGAAAACUACGAGCCCGAAAUGUCAGAAGGCGAAGACGCCGACGGGGGAAGCACAGUCGGUUCUGGGAGUAUCUAUGAUCGCGGUGAAAGCGCUCUCAAGAACGUCGAUCGCGUCAGAGCCAUUGAGGGCGUAAUGGCUUACAACCAUCUAAAAGACAAACUGAAGCCAUUCUUUCAGCAAUUUGCAGAAAGUGGACAAGCUAUUAGUGCGGAGGAUAUUAAAGCGCACUUUGCUAAGAUGAGAGGUGAUGAAACAGGGAUUCAGGAGGCUAAGGAUGCUGUCAAGGAGGAUCAGAGAAAAGAGCAGAGUGGUUAUUGA